AUGAACAAUAAGAACGACAACCCCGUGUUCGAAAAUGACAACGAACACGGGGAAGAACUCCCGCCACAAAAGCCACAGAGACGCCAAUCUGUGUUGUCCAAGGCCAUCAGUGAGCACAGGGAGUACGACGUUGGAGAGGAGCCCCUGCUGCCGCCAUCGAAGGGCCUGACAACUGCCGAAGCCGAGGACCUCUUGCAACAAUACGGCCGAAAUGAACUGCCCGAAAAGAAGACACCCAGUUGGCUGAUAUUCGUGCGUAACUUAUGGGGCCCUAUGCCUGUUGCCCUUUGGGUCGCCGUCAUCAUCGAGUUCGCCCUUGAGAACUGGCCCGAUGGUGCCAUUUUGUUGGUUAUUCUGUUCGCCAACGCCACCAUUGGGUGGUAUGAGACCAUCAAGGCCGGUGACGCUGUUGCAGCGCUGAAGAACUCAUUGAAGCCUGUGGCCACGGCAUUCCGUGACGGGUCAUGGCAACAAGUUGACGCUAGG